AUGACGGCCACCGCCGUCGCAAACACCACCCAAGCGUAUAGAGAGAUUACAUUUGGAUUCCCCCACACUCCGGCGCGUUCGAAAAGUGGGUUGAUGCUUCAGUCGCUCUCAUGGCCACUUGACGGCGGCGGCAUUGGGUCUCAUAAGUCGCAGCUCCGCUGUCGCAACGAGACCGACACCAAAGACCAGAUCUCACUGCUGUUCAGUCAUGAUGAGAUCUCCCUAACGGCGGCAGCGCUGGUGGUAGAGCUGUCCGAGACUCUGACUCUGCUGCUGGUUCCCGAUCCUUACAGAGACCCUCCACCGCCGUAUACUGCCGAAACCACACCGCCACCUUACAUCGAGACUGAUGCGCAGGCCGAAAAAUGCUUGUAUAUCCCCGCUUUCGCACCGGCCCCUCCCGCUUCCGUCCCGGUCCCGCGAGAUCAGAGAGCUGUGGGUGACAUCUCCAUAAGUAUUGACUUUGGUGAUACUUCGGGGGUACAAACCAGAGGCAAAGAGAAGAAAGCAUCCGCAGCCCCGGUAUUCAAAGGGUACGCUUCUGGCGACGAAGACGACGGCAAAACGGCUGGGAAUGGAGAUGAGGGUGCUGGUGGGGGCGGAGAUGGUGCUAGUGGCGGAGGUGGCGCCGGCGGUGAUGGGGAUGGAGGAGAUGGUGGAGACGGUAGAGACGAGUGGGAUGACUGGUUUUUGGGAACGAGCGCGAAAAAGAAAAAAAAACAGCGGGAGGAAGAAGAGCGGGACAAGGAAGAGGGAGAGGCUCCAAAAGCGGAUUCAGACCCCCUCAGCCUGGCAGAUGAGACCAAUGCUGCGGAUGCCGACGACGAGUGGACGUUCGCCUCGAAAAGAAACAAGAAGAAGAAUUGGGCUGAAGCCACGUCAACGGUUCCAGGAGCGACGACUAGUUUCGAGGAUAUCGUCUUGGAUGAGAAUGCUCCCAAACUCGAAUCCAGCUUUGCUGGCGACAGUACCAGCCUGCAGUCGGGCGGGUUCGGUCCCUGGGGAAAGACGUGGGAUUUUGGAUUUCUUGUCAACCAGACCGCGGAGGAGCGUUUCGCGGAUGAGGACCCGUGGAGUUUGGAAAAUACGAAGAUGAAAUCCGUCAAAAACGGCUUUGCUGCCGAAACAAGUUCCUCGAAUCCUCAAUUCUAUUCGCCUUCUCGUCGAUACUCCCCACCGAGAGACCCUAUGGAAGCCGAAGUAGCUGAAGCAGAAACCUACCAAUGGGCAACGCCUCAAGUCUCGACGAGGAAGGCAACCAAAGACUUUCUUGCAAGCAGGGAUCAAGACAUCCCUUCUUCCAUAGACGAGGGCAACCCGCAAGCCAAGACAAGCACUGCUGAUCUUACGAGCGAUAUCACGACAACAGAAGGCCAAAAGAAUGUGGAGGAUGUUCCACCAUCGCAUCCUGUCGAGAUGAUGGUCCCUCACCCCUCUACCGAUUCCGGAUACGCAUCUUUGACCCACAUUCGAUCUGCUGACACUAUCUCUACCCCCCAAGAUUAUUUAUACUAUCGUCUAUUAAAGCGUGGCGACGAUUGGAGCUCAUGUGUCAAGGAGCCAAUCUAUGCCUCGGUGAACGAAAUUGAGAGAAAGGUCCGGAGAGGCAGGGGUGGCGAUGGCCCGGUUUUAGAGCAGAUGAUCUGUAUGCCCUCACGCCUCCGAAGGAUGUUUAAAGAAGUGAUCCGAAUUGCCAAUAGGCAAGAGACAGGCGAUGCCUUUUGGGAAGUUGUCUAUAUCAAGUCCAAGAGAGUUCAGACCAAGGAGGGUAAAAUAGAAGUCCCAGAGAUGGAUAUCAUCUUGGCCCGAACGAGAGACAGGUCAAGAUCAUCGGCCAAGUCCUUUGGUGACGAGAAGGUAAGAAAAGUCGAAAAGAAUGUGGAAGAUGUCCCACCGUCGCAUCCUGUCGAGAUGAUGGUCCCUCACCCCUCUACCAAUUCCGGGUACGCAUCUUUGACCCACGAAAAAUUCCAAAACAUACAAGUCGCUCAAGGAACAGAAACCACACCUUCUAACUCGGGUCCACCUCGCUAUCCGAGCCCAGAGGCUGUUGCGGAAAUUGCCGCUCCAGAACAACAGCAUGAGGAAUGGGAUGAUGCUGGAACGGUAUAUUCGACUGACUCCAAUCUUCCCACUCAAGUCAAAGAGAGUUACAAGCUGGAUUUGGCGGACGAGCUGGUGAAUGGGGUCCUCUCUGAACACAUCGACGCGCUGGGUAUGCAAAGGGUAUUGGAAAUUCUGCCCGAGCUGUUGAAAACUUUUGCUUUGAAAGUGGGCUACAAUGCUCCCAGCCAAAUGCAUCGCGAUGUCAUGUCUGACAUUGUCGAAUAUGUUGGACGGAGGUACUAUCAGCGAGAAGAGACUAUUCCUGGACCGCGGGUGGACGAAACGGACCAGUGGACUUUCGCCGAUGCGGUGGAUUUGUGGUUUCAAAAGUGGGAAGAGCCACAGGACGAGGUGCUGCUGGACUCUGUGGACGAGUCUGUUGAGCACCUACUCGAUGAGCUGGCCCUUUCCGAAUUGGGUGAAGUGGUGGAACAAGACGACGACGACGACGACGACGAAGGAGAAAUCACCCAAGAACUGUCCGCGUAUCGGGAUUUUAUUCUCUCUGCUCCAGCCUAUGAAUGGCUCCUGUCGAGUCUGCGACGGGAUUUGAAGCUGGAGCCAGCUGAACCGGACGUGAUGAAGAACAUCGGACAGCAGAUCCUCCAUUUCUUGCCUACAUCGCGAAAGGUUAGCAAGAAGAAGUCGGCAGAGGCAUACCAAAUGACCUGCAGGGUGGCCUGCGACAUCGUGGCCUUUUGCCAGGAGCAAGAGUAUCGACGACGACCCGAAGAGGUGGUAGAGACCGUCAUCACUCUGACAGGAUCCGCCUGUGAUGCCCAAGCGCUUACCUGCAUCCAAUACAUGGCUCAGACCUGGCCGUCCAGUGGCAAACAGCUCCUUCAACUGGUCAAAAAUGUCCUCCAAGGGGUAGCACGCCAAAGCUCUGGUAAACUGCCUGACCAAACCAGGCUCACGGCCGAGAUUCACGGCUCUGAACUGGUCGUGGAGGCCGUGGGGACGGCCAAUUCGGUGGCAGAGGUCGCUGAGCAGCUGGCCUGGCUGGGAGCCGCUCUUCGUUCGUCUCCCUAUGAAGAUGGUGUAGCAGGCUGUGCUCCUUACAUCAAGAAUCUCCGCGUGAACCAGACCCUCUCACAGACACGGACAUUCCUGUGCGAAAUCGAUUUCCAGAUGCACCGACUGGAUGAUCACCGCUCCAACGGCCAGUGUUGGCAUGACCUAUUCCGCAAGCCGGUCAUUGUCGAAGGAUAUCCCAUCCCUCGCCGAUCUCAGUCGGGCACAGGGCUGGAGAUUCCCUUGGACGUCAUGGCCGGCCUGGCCGACACCCAGCUAGUUGACAUGUUUGACAACAAACUCUUCAUCAAAGGGUUCUCCACGUUGCUGAUUCCGACCCGCCUGAGUGAAGGCCUGCUCACGUGGCACCUUCUGUACAAGGACGGCGAUCGAAUCUCAUACCUGGACAGCGACAUCGCGCAUGCGGAAGGCCUCCAGCUCUCGGACUUGGAAAAUGUUCGGCACGUGCUGGGGUGGUGCUCUGAAAUCAGAUACAACGCCGGAUCCAAGAAUGCCGAAUAUGCGGUGGGACGGUCGGGACUGCAGGGACCCCAUCCGGGGUGUAAACUGGAGCAAAUCCAAGUCACAGGAGGCAGACUGAUCACCAGCCCCAAUCCAUACACAGUCGGUCACAAAGAUCGACCACUUCGAAUUGUACAGGCGGGGUACAUGGCCAAGUUGUCGUGGAUCUCCAAGAAAUAUGUCGUGCUGUGGGACGUGGAUUAUCAACGAGGGUGGUUGAUCAAUGGGAGCAGUGCAUUGCUCCACCUACUGCGUGCCUCACUGGAGUUUAACAAGACCGACGAGCUCGAGUCUGCCUUUGUGUUCCGAUCCGAGGACCUGAUAGAGGCCAGCAGGCCUUACACUGCCAGCUCGGCGAUGGCAGUCCUGCUUAACCCGGUGAAUCUGAAACUGGACAUUUAUCGGGGCCGCGAGGAGCAAACUUCAGACCACACCAGAACGACCGAAUCUCCGGAUGUGCUCAACAACUCCGGAGGUCAUGUUCGACUACAGGACCGAGUGGAGCGGCUAUAUAAUCUGCUGGAAAAGAUCAUCGACCAUCAGGUUAACAUGGCCGGGCGGAACGGGGAGAAUCUAAGAGCUGCCCCACGAAAGUAUCUGGAGGGAUGGGACUUUAAAGACCUAGCCACCAACGAAGAUCCUCUCUAUCCUCGGGUCUGCAAGUUGAGAAGCAUGGGCAAAGGAUGGGUGGACUUUACCCGGGCCAUCCAUGCGGUGACGUUGUUUGGGAGUGGAUUUGGAGAGAUCAUUCAGCCAGCCAACAGCCGCGGGUUGUGUGAAUAUUGGACCACACUGCCUCGGCGGAAGUUCUACCUGGCCGCCAGCAUCGCCGACAUGUAUAAAAUCAUGGAUCGGUUUGGCAGUCCCCGAGCCUGCCCGAUGCGGUUGACCGACCACCUCAUCUGGCACCAUCUGAACAAGGCUUUUGACCCUUGUCCAUGUGAUGGACGGCCGGCUAAACAUGCCAACCUGGCCCAGGUUCUGCUGCCGUCCCACUUCAGUCGCAUGUUGUCCCCCAGUCAAUCGGUGCUGUGCAAAGAGCAGGGCGCGGUAGUGUUUGGCCACAAUGCGGAUUACAAUUGGUUCUGGGGCGACACGGGCGACCCGACGCAUGAAGAACCGGUCUCCUCGUCCGACGAGGCAGACUCGGAGUUCACUGACAGCGGCAUUGGAACCAGCCUGUACUCGUCGGCGGCCAGGUCGGAGGUGCCCUUGCAAAAGAUUGUCUCCGAAAGUGACAGGAGUCUUUACACGACUGGUCAAUCGGUGGCGUCGCUGCGACGGAUGCUGUCGGAGGGCAGUUCCAUGACGCUCUCUCAUGAAGACUACCACGUGGGGAUCGUGUGUGCCCUCCACAAGGAGUUGUUGGCGGUGCGGGCGUUGUUGGACAGCACCCACCCAAUGCUGCAAAUUGUGGACCAGGACAGCAAUCACUACGCCUUGGGCCGGAUGGCCGGUCACAACGUUGUGGCGGCCUGCCUGCCAUCCGACGACAUUGGCACCAACACCGCCGCCAGUGUGGCAGCCCACAUGAUCCGGAGCUUCCCAGCGAUCAAGUUCUGCCUGGUGGUGGGAAUCGGCGGCGGCGUGCCGUCCGCAGACAAUGACAUCCGCCUGGGCGAUCUUGCAGUCAGCACGGGGGUGAUCCAGUACGACUUCGGCAAGGCGGUGCAAAACUCCCUCUUCAAAACCACCGGGCAAGUUCAGCCGCCGCCGCCGUUGCUGCGGACGGCCAUCAGCGAGAUGAGAUCGGAUCCCAACCUGUCGCUCGGCCAGCUGCAAGAAUACAUCGAAGUGAUUGGAGGGCCGCGACCCGAGUACAGACGCCCGGCACCACACCAGGACAAGCUGUUUGUGGCCUCGUACGCCCACAGGCACAAGCAGGACAGCUGUGACAGCUGCGACGGGCCACAAGUGGAGCGCCUGCCGCGCUUGGGAGACUCUCCCCGCGUCUUCUAUGGCAUGAUCGCCUCGGGAAACCAAGUGGUCAAGGAUGCCCGGUUGAGGGACCGCCUGCACAAGGCCUACCCCAUUAUCUGCGUGGAGAUGGAGGCGGCUGGGGUGAUGAAGACCUGUGGAUGUCUGGUGAUUCGUGGGAUCUGCGACUAUGCCGACUCGCAUAAGAACAACAUGUGGCAAGAGUAUGCGGCGGCCGCUGCGGCGGCCUAUGCAAAGCUAUUCCUAUCUCGCACUCGCAGGCUCGAUGUGGACAUGAAUACCGACAGCCUGCAAUUGGAUACGCUUGCGCUUGGGCCGUUGAAGCGGGCAGCCUCCGAUUGGGAAUCCCGCAUGUCGCCUCCGAAGAAGUUUACGCUCAAUCCGGCCCACAGAGACCAGAAAGACCUGUGA